AGUUUGCUUAAUUUAAAGUUGCGUUGUUAUUCUACUUCUAUCAGUUGAAGCUCUAAUAUAUAUAUAUAUAUAUACAAGUCUUUACAAAAGCACCCAUUAUUAUAUUUCCUAAUUUUUUCUUGUUGUAAAAUGUCGCUUGUUGCAACGAGAUCACGGCGUCCUAACGCCGGAAAUAGGAUGAAGGAGCUUCUUGAAAGAGAAUUGGAAAUAGAAGAAAUGUUCGUGGAAGUAGCGAAUGAUGAAGAUUUUAUGGCAAUCCAAGAAGAGGAAGAUAUAAUUGACUCUGACUUCGAUCAAAGUACUGAAGAUGAAGACGAAGAUGAAGAAGCUGCAGAAAAGCAAAUAUUAGCAGAUGAAAAAAUAGAAAAAAAGAGAGCAAAGAAAGCCACGUUAACUCCUUUAGCUCCAUUUUUACGUACAAGGAAUAAAAAUCAAUCUACAGAUAAAUCGAAAGUGGUUCCUGGUAAAGUGGCUAAAAAUGGAUCAAUUAAAGAAAGGAAAAAGAAACAAGCUUCUCAAGUUCCUCUCUUAUCUGGAACUCGUUCUUCAUCCAGAACACAUACAGUGCAAAGUAAACAAAUGUUGGCUGAGAAACUGAGAGAGUAUGAAGCAAGAAAGGCUUUAAUUCCAAAAAAAGAAAAGAUUCCGGAAAAGCCAAAAACCCAGGAAGAGUUACUUGCACAGGCAAAAAUAACAGAAGAAAAAAAUUUAGCCUCAUUACAUGCAUAUGAAAUAAAGGAAGCAGAAAAGAAAAGGACAGUAACUAAACUAAAUAAAGUUAGAAUUAAUGGACCUUUUAUACGCCAAAUUUCAUACGUAUGUGGUGAUGAUAAAAUAAAUAAGAAACCCAGAUUAAUAACGGAAGUUCCGGCGAACGAAGAUGAGAAUAACGUUACAAUAGAGAUACAUGAUGCGAAAGAUACAAAUAAUAUAAAUAGUCAAAAUGGUCAGGAAGUGUCUAGCGAUAAUUUAGAGUGUAAAAGGAAUACGAAAAAUUUAAUUAUAUUUAAGGAUUUUGAUAGAAAACAUGAAGCUGAAUUAUUUCAGGAGUGGAGAACGAAACCUCAAGAAGUUGAAAAGGCAAUUUGUCCCAUUACUGGUGAACCUGCAAAAUAUAAGGAUCCAAAAUCUGGCGUACCAUAUGCAAAUUUGGAAGCGUAUAAAAAAUUGCAACAAAUACUUAGACAUGAAUACUUAUGGUCAUCUGAAAAAGGAACAUUUGUGAUAAAGUCUUUUAAUAGUAAGAAGCGGAAUGCAAUUAAAGCAAAAAAGGGUACAAAUAGAGUUAAUUCAAGAAUAAAAAUUGUAAAAACUUGAGGUUGAUGGAUUAGUGGACAAUUUACAAAUUGAAAAUUACGUAAUCUAGAUGGAAUUAAGUCACAUUUCUUGUCAAAUAAAUUAUGGACUUCAAAUUGCCUUGAGCAAUUCAAUUUCGAAUCUGAAAUUGAUGAUUUG